AUGGAUACCAGCCAUGUCUCCAUUUACGUCACUGGCUUUGGGCCUUUCAUGGGAGUGGAAGACAAUCCUUCCUCGGUGCUCUGUGAGACGUUGCAAAAAUAUGUGCAGGAAGGCAUCCCCCCAGAGAAUGUCCCGGGCGACGUCUUGCGAGACUUCGAAGCUUCCGAUAUUUCCCUGCUAGGUCUACGGGCUCUUGAUGUGGCCGCUCAGACCUGUCAGACGGAAGUGCCUGAAAUUCACAGGUCUCUUCGCGAAAAGAAGGAGGCCUUUCCCAAGACAGAAACUGCUGUGGUGCACUUGGGUGUUGCUGGUAAUCGCAAACAUAUCAGCCUUGAAUGCCGUGGCGUGAACGAGGCGAAUUUUCGUGUUCCUGACGUUUUGGGCUGGCAGUGCUGUGGAGAGCCAGUUAUCGACGACUCCCCUCCUGUGCUCUAUUGCUCCUUGCGACUUCCAGAAAUACUUGCAGAGAUGCAUGACAAGGGCGUGAACUGCGAGAUUUCGACGGAUGCAGGCCGGUAUGUCUGCAACUACAUAUUUUUUCAGUCUUUGCAUCUGGCACCACACGGAACUCCUGUCCUCUUUGUUCACGUGCCGCCCUUCGAAGACAUGGUCCAGGAGGUUCAGGUCACAGCCUUGCUGUGCCUCUUCGUCGCCAUUGCCCGCCAGCUUCGGGGAGCCGCUCCCUCUGUCCCGGCACCCUCCGCCCGGCCACUGGGGUGA